AUGUCGUUAUCAAAGCCCGAGCGUGUUCAUGAUCUUAUCGCCCAGAACCCUCGAGUUCGUGUCUGGGUUCAUCCGCUCGAGUGGUCCGAGGUUCACCUUGAGCUUCUCAAAGCCUCUUUCGUUGAAGCUGACACCGAUGAGACCUCUGAGAAUCCUGAAGAUGGAACAGCCAUGGUGUCUGACUAUCGAAUCGUCAGACAGUUCGCGCAAACCUCGAUGAAGAACAAGAACCUAAAGAUCUUGAUCUGUGACAACGGACCUCUCAAGCUCCUUCGUCCUCGCGGGUACUUCUGCUUCGGUGAAGAGAAGCCUCUUGAUCUUCAGGGCGCGAUCUUCAACCAACGCGGAGCUGUUAGCGAUGACAGUUACGCUGGGGCAUUCGCUUUCAUCCAGGGGAACCUGAUCAGAAACCUCCGUGAAGGUCUCUUCCCUCUUCCAAACCGUCUUCGUCAUGACCCUGCCGCCAAGUGGUUACGAGAACUGCGAGUCAAGAAGAUUGAGCCCCAGGAUCAGUGGCGCGACCCCUACAUCCUUUGUGUCCUUCUGGGACUUGCUCAGUCCCAAGCAGAGGAUAAAACCUCUCCCGAGUACCCUUUCGCCGAGGAUCAUAUCUUCAAGACUUGUGCUGCCUUGACCGAUGACAAGAACGAGGACUUCAUGUAUUUUUAUACCGCUGAGUUCUCGGUUGCUUUUGUCAGCAAGUUCGAGUAUCCCCUUGACCUAAAGAAGCCAAAGGAUGGCAUGUCCUCCGAGCUGUCCAUCGGCAUGAAGCAGGUCCUCUUCCGGCCCUACAAGACCUUCCGGGCUCGUCUCCUCGCGGAGAUCUCCUCUGCCCUGUAA